AUGGAGGAAUUUCACUUUAAAUGCAUAGUAACUGGUCCACCAUGUGUAGGAAAGAGUUCACUAUUAUUACAAUUUUGCGAGAAAGAGUUUUCAGCUGAAUUAGAUACUACCGUGGGUGUCGAGUUUCAAUCAAAGACAAUGGAGUUAGACAGUACAUAUAAAAUUAAGCUUGAAAUAUGGGAUACUGCAGGACAAGAAUCAUUUAGAUCGAUUACAAAUAAUUAUUACAGAGGAGCACAUAUUGCUUUGUUGGUUUAUGAUAUUACAAAUCGUCAAUCAUUCCAGUACUUGGGAAGUUGGCUUGAGGAGAUCUCACAGAUGUCCGGUGAGAACAUUGUCACACUGUUGAUUGGUAAUAAGAGCGAUCAUAACGAUAGACGUGUUGUCAAAGUCGAGGAGGGUGAAAGGUUUGCCAGAGAGAACAAUAUCCUCUUCAUUGAGACGAGCGCAAAGGACAACACCAACGUCGAGAAGGCAUUCGAAGAUGCCACCAGACAAGUUGUAAAACUAAUUAAAGAAGGAAAGAUGGUAGUUGUCAAUAAGAAACCACAAACUGUUUCAUUAAAUCAAAAAGAAGAUCCAAAACAGCAGCAACAACAAAAGAAGAGUGGAUGUUGUUAA